AAAUCAAGUGACGAGUCGUACGAAACACUGUAUUCAUUGAAAUACAUGGACGCAGUCAUCGACGAAACCCUACGGCUAUUCCCAGUAAUCAUGUCCACAGAGCGAGCUGCCAGUGAGGACUACGAGCUUAAGGGCACCGGUAUUACCAUCAAAAAGGACCACGUGGUGCACAUCCCUAUUUACGCCAUGCAUAGAGACCCGGAAUACUUUUGCCGAUCCGUGUUUAGACCGGAAAGGUUUUUAGCCGAAAACAUAGCCCACAAUCCCUAUACGUAUUUGCCAUUUGGUGCCGGCCCUCGAAACUGUCUGGGCAUGCGAAUGGCUAUGUUGGAGAUUAAACUAGCCCUGGUCAAUCUCAUACAACGUUAUGUUUUCCACGCAACAGAGAAACCAUUAGAUCAAGUCUACAUCAGAGACGCCCAUAAUUUUUAA